CACACUGUUCUCACGGCUGUUGGAAUUUGUAGACGGCUGUGUGAGGAGAGGGCACCGAAAGACAGGAAAGCAAAAACUCACAGUUCUGUCUUCACGCAGGAGCUCCUUGUCCCUGACUGUGUCCUGGGACAUAGGACAGGAGAGGGUGACCAUCUCAGUAUUUCAAGGUCCUUCUGCCUGUCAGUUGGGAGGAAGCAGAUGAAGGGCCUGUGCCCACACCCUUGAAGGCACAAUCUCAAGCUGCAGGAGUCAUUCCUCCCCAGAACGUCACCUGAGGGAACAACCCAGAGCAGGAGGAGGACGAGGACGAAAUGGCUGCUUCUCGGGGACGGUUGACAUUCAGGGAUGUGGCCAUAGAUUUCUCUCAGGAGGAGUGGGAAUGUCUGCACCCAGCUGAGCGGAAACUGUACACGGACGUGAUGCUGGAGAACUACAGGAACCUGUGCUCCCUGGGUCUUGCUGUCUCUAAACCAGACCUUGUUAUCUUUUUGGAGAGAAUGAAGGACGCCUGGGAUGUGCAGCGAAAAAAGACAGUGUCCAUCCACCCAGCUAUGUCUUCUGCGGACUCCCAGGGCUUGUUGCCAAAACUGGACAUAGAAGAUUCAUUUCACAAAAUGCUUCUGGUAAGAUAUCGAAGGUGUGACCUUGAGUAUCUACCUUUAAUGAAAAAAUGUAGAGAAUGUGACAAAGCCUUUAUUUGGCGUUCAUAUCUUACUGAACAUGAGAGAAUUCAUACAGGAGAGAAGCCUUACAAAUGCAAACAGUGUGGUAAAGCCUUUUACCGCCGUUCCAAUCUUACUCGACAUGAGAGAAAUCAUACUGGAGAGAAGCCUUACAAAUGUAGAGAAUGUGACAAAGCCUUUAUUUGGCGUUCAAAUCUUACCAGGCAUGAGAGAACUCAUACUGCAGAGAAACCUUACAAAUGUGAGCAAUAUGGCAAAGCCUUUAGUCGGCGUUCACGUCUUGCUGUACAUGAGAGAAUUCAUACAGAAGAGAAGCCUUACAAAUGCAAACAGUGUGGUAAAGCCUUUAAUCGGCAUUCAGAUGUUACUAGACAUGAGAUAAUCCAUAGUGGAGUGAAGCCUUACAAAAGUAGAGAAUGUGGUAAAGCCUUCUGUCAGAGUUCAUGUCUUACUCAGCAUCAGAGAAUUCAUACGGGUGAGAAGCCUUACAAAUGUGAGGAAUGUGGAAAAGCCUUUAUUCAGUGUUCAAAACUUAUUAGACACGUGAGAAUUCAUACCGGAGAGAAACCUUACAAAUGUGAACAGUGUGGCAAAGCCUUUUCCCGCGGUUCACAUCUUACUCUACAUGAGAGAAAUCAUACUGGAGAGAAGCCUUACAAAUGUAGAGAAUGUGGUAAAGCCUUCUUUUGGAGUUCAUGUCUUACUCACCAUCAGAGAAUUCAUACGGGUGAGAAGCCUUACAAAUGUAGAGAAUGUAGUAAAGCCUUCUUUUGGAGUUCAAGUCUUACUCAGCAUCAGAGAAUUCAUACGGGUGAGAAGCCUUACAAAUGUGAGGAAUGUGGAAAAGCCUUUAUUCACUGUUCAGAACUUAACAGACACUUGAGAAGUCAUACUGGAGAGAAACCUUACAAAUGUGAACAGUGUGGCAAAGCCUUUACUCAACGUUCACAUCUUACUGUACAUGAGAGAAUUCAUACAGGAGAGAAGCCUUACAAAUGCAAACAGUGUGGUAAAGCCUUUAAUCAGCGUUCACAUCUUACUGGACAUGAGAUAAUCCAUAGUGGAGUGAAGCUUUACAAAUGUAGAGAAUGUGGUAAAGCCUUCUUUCAGAGUUCAUGUUUUACUCAGCAUCAGAGAAUUCAUACUAGAGAGAAGCCUUACAAAUGUGGAGAAUGUGGUAAAGCCUUCUUUCGGAGUUCAAGUCUUACUCAGCAUCAGAAAAUUCAUACGGGACAGAUGCCUUACAAAUGUGAGGAAUGUGGAAAAGCCUUUAUUCAGUGUUCAGAACUUAACAGACACUUGAGAAGUCAUACUGGAGAGAAACCUUACAAAUGUGAACAGUGUGGCAAAGCCUUUAAUCGGCGUUCACAUCUUACUAGACAUGAGAUAAUCCAUAGUAGAGAGAAGCGUUACAAAUGUAGAGAAUGUGGAAAAUCCUUUCUCAGACUCCUCUAUCUUAGAAGUCAUCAGAGAAUUCAUACAGGAGACAAACCACAGAAAUGUAACGAGUGUGGCAAAGACUUUAGUGUGGGUUCUUUUCUAAGCUAUCAGUCCAUCCACAGUGGAGAGAAACCUUAA